CUUUUUUGGUAUUUUUUUUUUUUCAUGCUUUGGGCGCUGGUACUUGGGUUACUGUCGCAUCUGGGAAAUGCGGCACCACUUCCACAGCCUGUCGAGUCAAAGCGUAAACUGGUGCUACCGUCUUUAUUACGCGAUCCGUUGGAGAGCCUGAUUGGCGAAAAGUGUUAUGUGUCUCUGGUUGAAAACCUCACCUUUACCGAUCUGGCCUGCUUAAAGUAUGCUUUAUCCAAGGGCUUAGGAUUGGGCAUCGUCAUUGGCGGAUCUAUUGUGAAGAUUCCACAGAUUAUCACCAUUGUGUCCAAACGGUCCGUCCAAGGACUAUCGUUGGCUUCCAACCAGCUGGAAAGUACGGCGUACCUCAUCAUUCUCGCUUACAAUCUGCGUCAUCAGAAUCCGUUUAGUACCUAUGGCGAGGUCGUUUUCAUGUCGGUCCAGAAUGUGCUGGUCACUUUGUUAAUUCUUUACUAUCAUCAGCAACUGGUAACCAUGGUAUUGACGUUCAUUGGCGCCGUAGGAGUGCUGUAUGGUUGCCAGUAUCUUAUCACCCCAUGGAUGAUGGCCGGGCUCUACGUUAGCACGAUUCCUCUUCUGCUCGCGAGCAAAAUUCCACAGAUCCACGCCAACUAUGUGAACCAGUCUACUGGUCAACUAUCGGUUUUUGCUGUCUUGACUUAUUUUCUGGGCACAACGGCCCGUGUAUUUACGACGAUGACCGAACUGGAUGACCCAUUGAUGCUCGGAAGUAACGUUUUAGCGAGUCUAUUGAACGGCAUUCUCGUCGUGCAAGUAUACCUUUACUGGGGCAACAGCAGUGACCACGAAAGACCUGCCAAGGCUGAUUGAAAAAUUGCGUUUUUAUGCAAAAGUCUUUGGUGUGGCCGAAUCCUUGAAAUACCCAACGAAAAAUCGUAACUCGACGAACACACAUUUGGUUGCUGCAUUGAUGUUGGCACUUUUUUUAAACUUUUUGAAGAAAAAAGUCACUUCAAGUGACAUGCCCAAGCUCGCGAGUAGAGUUUCUGGAAUAGUAAAGUCUUGAACUACAGAGUUAUAUAAUAGUCGAUUCAUAUAAAGGCAGCAAUGCAUCAUAGAGGUAUCUUGAUUUAAAGGAGAAAACAACA